AAAAAAUAAUUAAAUGAAGAUAAUAUUUUGAGGCCAUAUUAUUAUUUGGGGACCGAAUGAGCCGCUGAUGUUGCGGGCCCCCACUCACUCAAUGUUUGCGGGCCACUCGUCUUCUCCGAAAGCCACCACACCUGCUUGAAGUUUCAAUGACGGCUGGUCGACCAUCUUCCCCCUCGCCACCGAGCGCUCAGAAUGGCCUCCUCCCUCCGCCUCUCUCCCGUUCUCCUCCUCCACACCUCCUGGCAGCCGCGGCGCCGGCCUCCUCGGGGCCUCCGCGACAUCCGGUGCGACGGGAGGAGCCCCAGCGACGGUGGCUCCAGAUCGGAGAACGCGGUGCUCAGGCUGGCCUGGUACGGCUCCGAGCUCCUCGGUCUCGCCGCCUCCUUGUUCCGUCCCUCCCCCUCGGGGGCCCCAUCGGAGGAGUUGCGGGCCGAUGGAUUGGGGUUCGCGGCUGGCCGGGCGGAGGUGGCGGAAGCGAUUAAAGAGGACUUCGACCGUUCCUACUUCGUCACAGGGAACUUGACACUUGAAGCCUAUGAAGAUGACUGUGAAUUUGCUGAUCCGGCAGGUUCCUUCAGAGGCCUUCGACGUUUUAAACGAAAUUGUACAAAUUUUGGAUCACUGCUUGAAAAAUCUAGCAUGAAACUCACAAAGUGGGAGGACUUUGAGGAUAAGUCAAUUGGACACUGGCGUUUCAGUUGCAUCAUGUCAUUUCCUUGGAGGCCAAUUCUUUCUGCUACUGGCUAUACAGAAUACUAUUUUGAUGCUCAAUCAGGGAGAGUUUGCAGGCAUGUGGAGCAUUGGAAUGUUCCUAAAAUGGCACUUUUCAAGCAAAUAUUCAGACCAAGCCGUUGGGUAUGGGAGAAACGCUAAAAGCCCUCAGUGUGAAUCUCGACAAUUUAAGGAUUUACAUAAGGUUUUUGGUUGACCCUGAUUUGUUCACCAAUCAACUUGGAGUAUCCUUGCUGAUACUGUCUGUUAGUUUACCUUGCUCAUUUAGCAGUUUAAGCUAUCAACCAAGUGAUGUACAUAAUGCAUGACAACAUAGAUCCACUAAAUAUAUGAGGAUAUUUUGUA